GGCGGAAGUGGCUGCUCGUGUGGGGCCAAGAUGAAUUCCAGAGGCGCUGAUUCUCUAUUGAAGGAUAGUAUACCAAUUACUGAUUUUUCAGCUUCAGGAGCGUUUGAAGGUCAUGAUCUUCUGCGUAGAGGCUUUACAAGUGUGAAAAAUGAAUUGUUGCCCAGCCACCCACUGGAGUUGUCAGAAAAAAAUUUCCAGUUAAAUCAAGAUAAAACAAACUUUGCUACACUGAGAAAUAUUCAAGGACUCCACGCGCCUUUAAAGCUGCAGAUGGAAUUCAGAGCAGUGAAACAGGUCCAGCGUCUCCCAUUUCUUCACAGCUCAAACAUAGCACUGGAUACGCUGAGGGGGAACGAUGAAUGCAUCGGUUUUGAGGAUAUCCUUAAUGAUCCUUCACAGAGUGAGGUUAUGGGAGAACCACACAUGAUGAUGGAAUACAAGCUUGGUUUACUGUAACAAAGUGUACUCCACAAAAAUGUUUUGUGCUGUCUUUAUACUGCAGAUCUAAAUACAUGAUACUUAAUUGACACUCACGCUGUUAAGGAGUCCUACAGUUAUCAUUUGCCUUCCUUGAUGAAAAGGCACAUUAAAUGUUUAAAGUCUAUAAAUUGUUCUGUGCUUGUUGUCAAUUAUAUAAAUGUCCUGUAACUAGGUAGUUCAAAUAAUGUCUCUUCAUAUGCUGCUCAGGACGAUAGCUUCUUAACUAUGGAAAUGCUAUAUAUGUAUACAAGAAAUCCAGAAAUACCCGUGCAUUUUAAAACUCAUUACUGUAGGUAAAUGCAUUUAAUGGAUGUUCUUGCAGAAGAACUUUUUAAGGGGGAAAAGAAGGUAUUUUCCAUUGAGUAACUCUUUGUUCAUGAAAAUUUCCGUACACUUUUUAAACUAUUGAAUAAAAGUUUGCUAUAAAUGC